CUCGCUCUCCUCCCCCCCCCCCAACCAAAGGCCAAAGCACUCGCUCCUCUCCCCUUUUGCUUUCCCCCAGAAGCGCUUCUACAGUUCCAAGAAGCGGCGGAGACCGAGAAGAGUUCUUCGCUUCUUAUCCUCUCGGCUUCUGGGAAACGCAGAUGGCCGCGAGCUCGCGAGGGGUGGCGGCUCCGCCGUUCGAUCUCAAAAUGGGGAAGCUUUCGCCGGCGCCGGCGCCGCCGCGGGAAGUGGACUUCCGGAAGCAGCGGUGGCUCGGGGAGCCGAUCCGGUGGUGCGGCGGCCCCGAGUCGGAGCCCCGGAGACUCGGCAAGGGGGUGGUCAAUGCGGCGGCGGCGGAGAGGGCCGAGGAGUGGGGCAUCGAGCACAGGAACCGCGCGACGAAGCUUCCCUUCCCUUCGCCGCGCUGCCAGAGGCUUUUCAAACAAGAGUUUUACCUCCGCUGCAGUGCGAGAAAUUCAGCUCCUCAAUCUCGCGACACUCCGCCUAAGAGAGACACUGGUAUUGCUAGUGAAAAGGACUGGGGAAUCAACUUGCUAGAUGAGAAGGUGAACGAGUCUGGCGUAAAUGAAGACGGCAGUACAUGGUACAGGCAGAGUGGAGAAGACGUUGGUGACAACGGAUAUAGGUGUCGUUGGGCUCGGAUGGGAGGUCAAAGCCAUGAUGGUUCUGUCGAGUGGACUGAAACUUGGUGGGAGAAAAGUGAUUGGACUGGAUAUAAGGAGUUAGGUGCAGAGAAAUCUGGCAAGAAUGCUGAAGGAGAUUCUUGGUGGGAAACAUGGAAAGAGGUUCUGUACCAAGAUGAAUGGAGUAAUCUUGCGAGAAUAGAAAGAAGUGCAGAGAAACAAGCAAAAUCAGGCACAGAAAAAGCUGGAUGGUAUGAAAAAUGGUGGGAAAAGUAUGAUGCAAAAGGUUGGACGGAAAAAGGAGCUCAUAAAUAUGGAAGGCUGAAUGAACAAUCGUGGUGGGAGAAGUGGGGGGAACAUUAUGAUGGACGAGGAUACGUGCUUAAGUGGACAGAUAAAUGGGCCGAAACCGACUUAGGCACGCGGUGGGGAGACAAGUGGGAGGAGAAGUUUUUUUCCGGCAUAGGUUCACGGCAAGGGGAGACAUGGCAUGUAUCUCCAUCUGGUGAACGUUGGUCAAGAACUUGGGGAGAAGAGCACUUUGGAAAUGGGGCAGUACAUAAAUAUGGAAAAAGCACUACAGGAGAAAGCUGGGAUAUAGUUAUGGAUGAAGAGACCUCUUAUGAGGCUGAACCUCACUACGGAUGGGCGGAUGUGGUGGGGGAUUCUACGCAAUUAUUGUCCAUAAAACCUCUUGAAAGGCCGCCAGGAGUAUAUCCCAGUCUGGACUUUGGUUCCCCGCCGCCGCAGCAGAUGGGUGAUCCGCCUGACUCGCCGCGUGAUCCGCCUGACUCGCCGACCACCCCUCCCGAGUGAAGAGCUUCGCGUGCAGUGUUAGCUCUAUUUGAUGAUCAAUUUUGUUUUUAGGAUGGUUAUUUGGAGAGAAAGGGAAGCGCAAAUUUUCAUUCUCCAGUCAUUGAUUCUUUUAUCAUUUGCUUUUUUUUUUUUGUUUUUUUUUUUUUCGCUUCCCGGACACUUCUUUUGUGGACCUUACUCGAUGUUCAGUUAAUGGAGAUGGCUCGGAUCUUUAGGACGGUUAGAUGUUUUCUCCCAA